UAAUCGAUUAUUUAGGGCACAAAUUCAAAUUGAUAGUGUGAAUUCAAUAUUUUGUUUGCGGUUGUUGUGAUGGGAAUAAAUUUGUACAUUUUUGUGUAAUCGGGGACAACGUACUGAAUAAUUUUUAAAUUUGUCUAGGAUGGGAGUUGUGACUUUGAAAUUUUGGCAUGGUGGGAUCUUUUAGACGAUUAGUAAUGGUCAUUUAAGUUAUCUUGGUGGGAGGGGUAAGACUUGCCAAAUUGAUUCCGAUAUGUUGUUUUGGUGGGAUCUACUCGAGUUAGCAAAGAAAUGUGGGGAUUAUGAUACAAUUGGGGGGUUGUUAUAUAUUGUUCCUGAGCAAUCAUUGGCAAAUGGAUUAAGGAAGGUGUAUGAGGAUGGGCAGGUUUUGGAGAUGGUUGAGUUAGCAUUGAAGAGUAGGUGUGUUGAAGUUUGUGUAAAUCAUGGGGUUGAGCUUUCACAUAUAGCUCCAAAGGCUAAAAAAUUACAGCCAAAAAGGGCCCCACCUCCAACCCUAUUGGAUUCUUUAAGAUCAAGUCCUAGAAAGUGUGGGUCAAGUGCAAAAAAAAAACCCACUGAUGUAGCUGCUGCUUCCCAACCUAAAAGCACACAAAAAGCAAAAAAACUACCAUCAACCCAAAAAGAUGCUUUCCCUAAAGAUACUUGUUUGACUGGUCCCACAAAAACAACCCCUAAAAACAUUAGCCCCAUCAAAAAUAACAACAUACAACAACCCCAACCUUCCCAACCACUUCAUUCCCCCUCUACUCCAGAUCCAAAACCCUCCCUGAAAUACACUUCUCUCUCUUUUUCUCAAACACAAACAAGCCCGAUUCAAGGUGAAGUUGAAAAUGAGUUUCUAAGAGAUUAUGAGUGGGAAGAUCCUAGAGAUGAUAGCCCUGUGAACCUACAUGAGUAUGAGUUCAAUGAUUCUGAGGAAGACCAAGAUCCACUAUAUAAUCCUUACACUGAUAAGGGUAAGUCAGUAGUACAAAAUUCAGAUGAUGUUCAGUAUAUUGAUGGUGAUGAUGAGUGCACAGAUGAUGAUGAUUACACAUAUGGUGAUGGUGGUAUUGGCAUAGAUCUAGAUAAUGUCAACCUAGAGUAUGAGUGUGAAAGUGAAGAUAAGGAGGUUGAUUAUGCUAGGUUCCAGUCAGAGAGGUCUGCUGAGCAAGAUUAUGAACCUGGGGAGCCACAAAAUGGUGGAGAUGGUUAUCAUAGUGAGUAUGAAGACAGUGAGGAUGACAUACACACACCACCAGAUUCAGGAGAUGUUGGGGAAAGAAAGAAGAAGAAAGGGAUUCUAGUUGGUGCUAACACUGAUUUCUCUAAGUUUAAGUGGACUGUAGGGCAGAGGUUUCCAAACAGGAAGGCAUUUAAGGAUGCAGUGGCUAUGUAUGGGGUAUUAUAAGGUAGAAAUUUUUAAUUUAUAGUGAGUGACAGAAAAAGACAGCAAAGGUUGGGUAUUAAGUGUGUGCAAUCUUGUCAAUUCUACCUGUAUGCUUCUUGGGAUUCAAAGAGAGCAGUUCUGGUGGUUAAAAGAGUGGUAGGGGAGCACACUUGUCAAAGAAAUAUGAAAAAUAAUAGGCAGUUGAAGGAUUAAUUCUUGGGUAGAUAAACAGUUUCUGGAUGCAUUCAAGGCAAGACCGCAUAGGCCAGCCCGAGAAAUUAUGGAGUCAGUGAGGAGGGAUUUCAAAGUGUUAAUUAAGAGAAGUCUAGCUUAUAAGAUCAAGUAUGCUUCCCAUGAAAUGCUUCAUGAUUCAAUGCAUGAGAAUUACAGGAAAGUUGGUGGGUAUAUUGAAGCUCACAAGUCAGCUAGCCCAGGAACGGAAAUUGAAUUGGUGACAGACCCAACCAAGGAAAAACUCCCACCAGUUUUCCAAAGAUUGUUCACCUGUUUUGAAGACUUGCAGCAGGGGUGGAAAGAGGGGUUUAGGAAGGUCAUAUGUGUGUAUGCUUGCUUUUUGAAGACUUUCCUAGGUGGUCAACUCUUGGUUGCAGUUGGUCGAGACGGGAACGAUCAGAUGUAUCCCAUUGCCUGGCCAGUUGCUGAGGGUGAGAACAACAACUCUUGGGUAUGGUUCUUCAAGCAUCUGCAACACUGCCUUGGCCUAGGGGAUGGUUUUGGCUUUCCUAUAAUUUCUGACGAGCACGUGGGUAUACUCCAUGGUAGGGCUGCUGUUCUCCCCAAUGCAGAACAUAGACAUUGUGCGAGACAUAUAUUUGCACACUGGCACAAGGCCUUCAGAGGGGAUGAAAUGAAGCUGCUCUUUUGGAAAAUUGCAAAAGCAUAAAACUUGGCAGAUUACAAUGAUGCACUGGUAGAACUUGGUGAGAUAAAUGAGGAAGUUGUGACUGCCUUCAAUUCUUACAACCUAAAACUGUUCUGCAGGGCUUACUUGGAUUGUUCUAUGAAGACCGAUGCGAUCACAAGCAACAUGGCAGAAACAUUCAACGGAUACAUCAUUAAUGCAAGGACAAAACAUCUAUUAUAUAUGCUGGAAGACAUCAGACUAUCCUUGAUGCAGAGAAUGGUUGUAAAGAGGUAGGAGAUGGAGAAUUCAUCAUCCGUAAUAUGUCCAGGAAUUCAGAAAAAACUUGAUGAGGAGAAGACCAAAGCUGCCAAAUGUGAUGUAAUUCCCUCAACUGACAGUAAGUUCAAUGUGAGCUACUACUUGGAUCAGUUGGUAGUUGAUCUAGAAGCCAAAAGUUGCAGUUGUAGAAAGUGGAAUAUGCUCGGUAUCCCUUGUUGCCAUGCCGUUGCAUGCAUAUACUUCCUGAACAAAGAAGCUGAAGCGUAUGUAGAUGAAUGCUACAAAAGGGAAGUGUAUUUGAAAGCGUACUCAAGUUCAAUACCAGCAAUUGAAUGUGAACGAUAUUGGCCUAGGGUGAAGCAUCCUUUAGAUCCUCCCCCCGUCAAAAUUGAGUCAGGGAGACCUAGAGUAAACAGAAUCAGGGAUCCAAUGGAGGAUCCGAAGAAGCCCGGAACCUUGAAAAGAACUGGCAUGGAAAUGACAUGCAGUGUGUGUCAUAUUAAGGGCCACAAUAAAAGGCGAUGGCCCAACAAGGACAGUGCACAUGCCCCAUAUGAACCCCAACCAAAAAUGCCAAGGGGUAGACCAAGGAAGGAUGGUCAACCUCCGGUCUCUCACUCACAAGUGGCAUCAACUAAUCACCACAAAGCAACUGCACAACCUAGUUAACUUGGACGAGGAGGUAGGAUGUGCAGAUGUGGAGCCGAUUCACGGGGGGAGAACAUAAAGAGGUAGAGGCUCAAGGGGAGGGAGGACAUCUACAGGAAGAGGAAGGGGAAGAAACCAAGUACCAGUGGGCAUUGGGGUGUUCAUUGCAUCAGAUGGGUCUGCACACACCAAUCAAGAUUCUUGACAAGCUAGAUCAGUCAACGAAGAAGCUACCCCAUCAAGUCAAGCCUCCAAAUUUUCCCAAGCAACACAGCCUCGUGUUUAGCUAGUUAUCAUCCUUAAUGAAUGACAUUGACAAUGAAGUUUUGUCCCACCCAUUUUACUGGUUUUUUUGUUGUGUAAUGAUCUUUAACAUUACUCGUAUGAUAUGUAAUGAUCUUUACCACUACUCGUAUGCUAUGUUAUCAUAUCAGGGUGCUCUUCUAUUUU